AUGGCGACUAAGUCAAACGGUGAUGUGCCAUUUGUGGAAAACUUAAAAGUGGUCAAUUUUUACGACAAGGAAAGUUCAAGUAGACAAAUGGAAGAAACAGAGAAACCUGCAAAAAGAAAACGAUACAGACCAAACGCUGCGUUAAAAGAGCGUGAACGUCAACGAGUAUUUCGCGCAGCAUUUGCCACGUUAAGAGAACAUCUGCCUUUAGAUUCAUCGAAAAAAAUUCCAAAGAGAGACAUCUUACGACUUGCUGCUCAGUACAUCAAGUAUUUAACUUCUCUUCUCGAUCAACCUGAUAUACGUUAUCUCAUAGACGGUAACAUGUGA